GGCUGCUCUUUUUCUUCUGGGUUUUAGCAUUCGCCGGCAGAAAAUGGCGGUUCCAGGAAGGCGCAACGGUAUGAUGGACGGCGAUGACGACGAAGAAGGAGCGUUGCCUGAAUCUGAUUUUGAGGAUACCCCUCCCCACCUACGCGACCUUGCCGCCGCCGCCAUGCACGGCGACAUUGACGCACUUCGUCAAGCCCUUGAUAAUUUGGAUGGCAGCAUCGAUGAACCAGUUGAGGAUGGAGAUACUGCUCUUCAUCUCACAUGUCUCUAUGGUCAUGUGUCUUGUGUCCAGCUAUUGUUGGAAAGGGGAGCUUCGGUGGAGGCUCAGGAUGAAGAUGGUGGGAUUCCUCUGCAUGAUGCCUGUGCUGGAGGAUAUCUGGAGAUAGUCCAACUCUUGAUUGGUAAAGACAAUUCUCUAGAGUGCUUGAAAAGAAUGCUUGAAUCAGUCGAUGUCGAAGGCGACACUCCUCUUCAUCAUGCGGCUAGAGGGGAACACAAGGAGAUUGUUGUACUAUUACUUUCAAUCGGGGCAUCACCUACUAUGACAAAUGUGUAUGGAAAGACUCCCGGGGAGCUAGUUGAAGCCAAUACAGAAGUUUGGACUAUUUUAGAAGCUGCAACCAGAGCAAGCGCAAUGGCAUCCCAAGCGUAAUGGUAACAUCUUCAAAUUUUGUUUCAAUUGUUGGGAGGGGAUUAUCUGAGGAUUGUAUGAUUAAAUGGAUGAUUAUUUUUUUUUGACUGCAUGAUGAUGGUGUUGCAGUGUCACUAUAGUCUGCCUUUUAGUAAAGGAAAGAAAUGCUAAAUCCCCUCAUAAAUCAAAA